AAACACGCUCCUUUUCUAAAAAUUAGUCUAAUCCCAAAUUAAACCCUAGAGCAAAUACUAAUCACUCCUACUUUUCCAAUUUCCACUGAUCUGCUCUCCAUGAUCUCAACGAGAGUGAAUUUUUGUCGCAGCUCUACCCUAAAUUGAGGAAUUCCAAGUUUCCACUGAUUAGCUCUGCCUAAUCUCAACGAGAAAGUUUUUUUUUUCUCCCAGCUGUAACCUAAAUCAAGGAAUUCCAGGUAGUACUUGCAAUGUGGAGAAUCAUUUUGAACAUCGUAGAAGUUAUUGUAAUUAAAAAGGUAUUCGUUGGUUCUUCCCUAAAGGAAACUCUUUUUUUUUAAAAAUCUGUACUCUUUUCAUCCAUGCCCGUUGUCACAUCUCUGAUUGUGUUAACUUCCUCACCAUGUGGAUAUUCCUCGAGAACUGUUUAUUUAAUUCCUACGUAAUUCUAUCAUUGUAGACUUGUAAUGCUCUACUGGUAUAUAUUGAUAAAAAUUUUAUGGGUUACGAAUUAUGAGAUUGCUUCUUCUAUCUUUCUGCCCAAAAUAUACAUUUUCUACACCUACAUCUUUCGACUGGAUCAAUUAUUUAAGUGAUUGCACAUAGUAUUCAAGGUCCAAUAGUAGAGAUAAGUUUCAUUUUCUUUGAAAACAUUUAUGUUAGUAUAGAAGUGAAAGUUAUGGUUAUUAGUUAGUACAAGAAUAAAAUUUACAUGGCAAAAGAGAGGACUAUUUUGGAGGAAGACUAUUCUAUCUAUUUUUGGUGGAUCGACUAAUAUCACCCUUUCUGUCAUUCAAGAGACCCAAAAGUCAGCUGGACUUUUUAUAUUACCAACCCUCGAAAGUUGUUAGCUAGACUACUUUUUUGGGGUUAACUUCAUCAACUAUAAAUUCUUGAUAACUAGCAGAUGAGUUUAUUUUAGUUGUCUCUUUGGGUUAGAGGUAAGGUAUGCGUAUAAUCUACCCUCCCCAGACCCCACUUUGUGAGACUACACUGGGUAUGUUAUUAUUGUUGUUGUUCUCGUCACGUGAUCUGAUAUUUUUUAACUUAAACAUUUCUCUCCACGUCAUAGAAGAAGAAUUUCUUUCAUCUAAUAGAAUAGAGAAAGGUAUUAUACUAAGUUGUGAAAUGUUCAGCGACUGUAUUUAUUUGCAGAUCCAUUAUGGGAGUCAAUAAAUUUGUCUUAAAGUCGUUCUUGUGCUGAACACUGUAUCUUCAUAGCUCCCUCCAUCCUGUUUUAGAGACUUCUUGUUAGUUUGGUGCUUUUCAUUGAGUUUUUUGAAGCUGGAAGGAGCAGUCAUUAGCUGAACAACCCCCUACCUUUCUAGUCGAGGUUUGAUGAUUUGAUCACUUAGUAUUCCUGAUUUUAAUCUUGAGUGUGAGGUUGAUAUCAACUUAUGCUACUAUUGCUAAUAUAUGUACUUUUAUUCCAUGUUGUGUUCUUGUAUAAAACAAUCUGUAUGCUAUCCAUAGACAUGCAUUAUAAUAUUGAUUCUAGGAGUUAUGUGGUCUCAAAGCAUCUAGAACAUAUACGAAUCUUUCUUCCUUAGUACCUUAUCCCCCUAGUUGGCAAAUUUUGUUAUCUAGUUCAUGAACCGGGUUACUGGUUGAGAGUUGAGUCUUGUCCUUUAAGCUGUGGCAUAAGUUAUGUUUCUUUUAAGGUUUUCCGUAAUUUACCAAAGAAGUACACAAUUUUUACUAGAAGCUUUUCAUGUACUCUUUUCUCACUGUAUGUUACUGGGUUGUUUUGCUAGUUUAUCUUCAGUUUCUAGAGCAGAUACUGAGUUGCAGCAGUAUUUUGGUUUUACGUUCCACGGAUGGAAUGGGAGAUUAUCAUUGCAAUAUCUAGAUGUCUCUUCUUUCGGUGUUGCUAUUUGAAAGAGGACAUGAUUUGCAUGGUUUUUGACUAUUUUAUUUUGUUACAUAUGUAGAAACCUUUUAUGAGUAUAUACUAACAUCUUUGUAGCAUUCAUAUGGUGAAUGUUUUCAAUCUUUGGCAUCUAUACCUUUGUUUUCAUUUUUUUCCCUUUAAUUUGAUAUCAUGUUUUAAUUUGACGCUUACUUGUGGCUAGCGUUAUUACUAUAUUUUGCACACGGUACAAGUUUAUAUUGCAUUUAUGUAUUGUGUUUGUUAUAUGGUGAUUCGUUCUAAGCGGAGCGUCUAUCGGGGAAAAGCCUCUCUACUUCAGAUGAGGUAGUGGUAUGGACUGCGUAUGCUCUACCUUUCCCAAACACCACUAGGUGGGAAUACACUGAUUAUGUUGUUGUAUAGAUUAGAUGUUUAAAUUUUGUUGGUCUGUGAUGAAUAUAUGUUUGUUUGGAUAGUAAGUCGACAGUUUCAAAAAAUGUCUAAAUUUCACAAAAAUAAUAUAGUUCUAAUCUGAGGUGGAGGUAGUAUUAUCUUUAAAGUUUAAUUAUCUGAUGUAGUAAGAUAUAAUCAUGUGAUGGUAACAUGUUAUGUGAAUAUAAUUAUUUUUCUUAUCUUUUAUUUUUUCUAAAUCUAAUUUUUAUGAAUUCUCCAAGGUUAUGGCACCUAGUAAGAAAUGGAUGCAACUUUCUCUUCAUAAUCGAACUGACAAAAUCUACUUAGAUGGGGCAAAAAAGUUUGUGAAUUAUGCUUUUCAGGGAAAAGAAGAAGAAUGUGAAAUACGGUGUUCGUGUUACAAGUGUUGUAAUACAUUAGGAACUCGUAAAAUGAUUGAGAUGCAUUUGAAAGUUCAUGGAAUAAUUGAAAAUUAUACCUUUUGGUUUCACCAUGGGGAACAGUUAGGUGAGCCACUAUCAGACUCUAAAGAUGAGGAAGAGGAUGAGGAUGAAGCAGAUGAUUUUGAGAGUGAAGAUGAAGAUGAAGUAGAAGAACUAUUGAGAGAUUUAUAUCCUAAUUCCAAACGUGUAAGAGAUACUCACACUGGUUUUGAUGAUAAACUUGAGGAGGAUCCAAAUGUUGAUGCUGGAAAGUUUUAUAGCCUUCUAGAGGAUUUCAAGAAGCCAUUGUAUCAAAAUUCAAAGACUUCAAAACUUUCAUCGUUGAUUAAAUUGCUUCACAUCAAAAGUAUGGGUCAUUGGAGCAAUGAGUCAUUUACCAUGCUAUUGAAAAUGUUAAAAGAGGAGUUAUUGCCUGAUGGAGCUAAUUUGCCAAAUUCAUAUUAUGAGGCAAAGAAGAUAAUUCGAGAGCUUGGGCUUUCUUACAACAACAUUGAUGCAUGUAUUAGAUUGCAUGUUAUAUUGGAAGGAGGAUAGCUUACUUAAUUCUUACAAAAUUUGUGGUGCGUCUAGAUGGAAAGUAGAUGUACAUAGUGGGGAGACAAAGAAUAAAAAGGGUAAAAAAAUUAGCCUCAAAAACUUUACGCUAUUUUCCCUUAAAGUUUAGGCUUCAGGGGUUGUUUAUGUCUACAAAGACAGCUUUACUAAUGACAUGGCAUAAGGAUGAAAGAACUGAUGAUGGAAUAACGAGGUACCCAGCUGAUUCAAUGGCAUGGAAGUUGUUUGAUGAACUAUAUCCGUCAUUUACAGGUGAGCCUCGUAACAUUCGACUUGGACUUGCUAGUGACGGAUUCCAACCAUUCUGAAAUUCCAAAACCUCAUAUAGCAUUUGGCCCGUGGUUCUUAUUCCUUAUAAUUUACCACCUUGGUUGUGUAUGAAGCAGGAAAAUUUUAUUUUGCCAAUUCUUAUUCCUGGUCCAAGUAGUCACGGAGAUUCAAUUGACACAUAUCUUCAACCUCUACUAGAGGAAUUGAAUGAGUUGUGGGAAGAUGGUAUUGAAACCUUUGAUGCAUCAACUGAACAAAAUUUUAAGUUGCAUGUUUCUUUGUUAUGGACUAUCAAUGACUUUCCAGUAUAUGGAAAUUUAUCUGGAUGGAGUACAAAAGGAAAACUGGCAUGUCCAUCUUGUAAUUAAGACAAUUCUUUAAUUUGAUUGGUUAAUUGUAAGAAGGAGUGCUUCAUAGGUCAUCGGUGUUACCUUUCUUUGAGUCACAGAUGGAGGAAUGACAAGAAGUCAUUUGAUGGUACAACAGAGAAAAGGCACCCACCAAAGAUGCAUUUUGGAAUUGAGAUACUUAAUCAAGUGCAAGAUCUUGAAGGCCUACCAUUGACAAAGGAUCCUAAGAAGAGGAGGAAGAUAUCACAUAAAAAUAGAAAGGAUAAGAUCUUGAAGGCCUACCAUUGACAAAGGAUCCUAAGAAGAGGAGGAAGAUAUCACAUGAAAAUAGAAAGGAUAAUUGGAACAAAAAGAGUAUUUUUUUUAAACUUCCUUAUUGGAAAUAUCUCUUGUUGCGACAUAAUUUAGAUGUUAUGCAUAUUGAAAAAAAUAUAUGUGAUAGUUUUUUGGGGACAUUCAUGAAUGUCAAAGGAAAUACCAAAGAUAUAAUUAAAACUCGAUUAGACUUGCAAGCAAUGAACAUUAGGACAGAAUUGCACCCUAUCCAAAGUGAGAAUGAAGUCGAAGUUCCAACUGCAUGCUACACAUUGUCUCUUGAAGAAAAGCACAAAUUAUGUAUUUUCUUGAAGAAUUUAAAGGUCCCGGAUGGAUUUUCAUCUAAUAUUUCUCAAUGUGUGAACUUGAAAGAACACAAGAUAUCUAGUUUGAAAAGUCAUGACUGUCAUGUUCUUUUGCAGUAUAUACUCCCUCUUGCACUUCGUGGUAUGUUGUCGAAAGAAGUGUGUGAACCUCUUAUUGAGUUGUCUUUAUUUUUUUGUGUUCUUGGAUCAAAGGAAUUGAGGAUUGAUGAGUUAAAACAUAUUAAAGAGCAAAUUCCCAUUACACUUUGCAAGUUAGAAAAGGUUUUCCCUCCAUCUUUUUUUGAUGUCAUGGUUUACUUGCCUAUUCAUUUAGCUGGUGAAGCUAAGAUUGCUGGGCUGUUCAUUAUCGGUGGAUGUAUCCUAUCAAGCGGUGGUUAUAUUUUUUGAAAUAUCUCAUUGGUAAUAGGGCAUGUCCAGAAGUUUCCAUUGCAGAGGUCUACCUUGCAAAUGAAUGUAUGUCCUUAUGUUCAAGGUACCUGUAUAGAAUUGACACAAAAUUCAAUCGGCCAGAACAAAAUUAUGUUGGUGGUUUAAAGAAUUCAAAUGGAGGUUUAUCUAUAUUUUGUCAACCUGGAAAAACUCUGGGAGCAAAAGAUUCAUGUGAGCUUGAAGCAAAUGAAUUGGAACAAGCACAUAUAUAUAUUCUAAAGAAUUGUGAUGAAGUCUUACCAUAUCUCGAGUACGGAGGGUUCUUUUGUAUCAUCUUGUUUUCCCAAUUUCCUUUAAGGUUCACUUUAAAGACUGACAAUGAGGAUGAAUCAACUAUCAAGAGUACUAUGAGAUAUACUUUCUGCGCUCCUGGUGCAAUUGGAAAGGGAUGGGGACGAGGGAUUAGAUCUUUGAUAACAAAAGGAAAAACUCUAACUAAGAUUUCAUUAAGUUCAGUUUAUCAACCUAAUGAUCUAGUUAAGCAAUACAUCCAAGAAGCUGAAACAAGUUCUUUUGGUAAAGAGAGAGGAAAAGGACUUACAGGCUCUACCAUGUGUUCUGGUCAAGUAAUGGGAAUAACGAUGCGUAAGAACUCCAUGGUUAGUGAGAACGAGUAUAUGCAAGUUGAUACUCCAUUUUCUCCAUCAACUAAUCAAGUUAAGCAACGAACCAAAGAGGAUGAAACAAGGGUUUUUAAGAAUAGUGUCGGAUCUAAUCAAGGAAUGCGAUCAAUGGGUAAUAAUCCUCUGAUUCUUGGGAAAGAGAACAUGCAAACAAAUAUUUCAUUGCCUCCGUCUACUAAUAUAGUUAUGAAACCGUCCCAAACUGUUGAAAUAGCUGUAGGAUCAUCUAAUCCUAAAAACGUAAAAAUAGUUCGAGGGAGCAACAAGUGCAAGGAAGUUUCAUCACUUGAAGUCGGUCAGAAGCUAAAAGUAACCUUUUACAAUAAUAGAACAGUUAGAAAAAAUAGCAAUCUAUUUUUGAGACACUUGGGAAAAAUAAUUCGUGACAGUAACAUGUGUCCAUUGUCUGUAUCAUCCUGGAGUGAUAUUAAGAAGCAAAAUUUGGAUCACAUGUGGGCAGCUAUUAAGGAUAAAUUUGAGAGUGACGAUAUGAAUGAUCAUCGUGAUCAUAUCUUUGGAUGGAUGAAUGAGUUGUGGAACAAAUGGAGAGGAGACUUGCAUAGCAAGUAUGUGAAAAAUAAGUCAAUGAUACAUGCCCUUAAAUGUAAACCCCAGAGAGUAGAGAGUAGAGAAGAAGGACUGGGAGUGAUGCUAAGCUUAUUAUUUAAGAAUAACACAAGCAAGAAGCAAAAGGAAUACAGCAAACCGAGCUAAUUUGACAAUGCUUCAUCAUAUUGGUAGCAAGCCUAUUUGAGAGAUAAUGUAAUAGCAGGGAGGGAAAGAUGGCAAUCCUCCAGAUUUGGGGACUAUUUUCUAUGAGACUCGUAAGAAAGGCAACAAGCUUGUUGAACCUGAAGCAAUUGAAAAACAUGCUCAGAUCGAAGAAAUUGUGAAAGCAGAGUCAUCUCUACCUACCAUAGAAAUUGUUGAAAAAUGUUGGGGACCUCAAAAUCUUAGUCAUGUAAUUUGCUUUGGCGGUGGAGUAAAGGCAAAAGAUAUGAAAGAGGGCACUUCUUCAAAGACUGAAUUACUGUCCGCUCUACAUUCAACUUGAGAGGACAAUAAAUCCUUGAUUGAGGAAAAAAAAUCACUGAAUGAUCGUUUGUCAACCUUAGAAGAUGAGAUGGAAAAAAUAAAAAAAAUGCAAGAAUUGUUUCUUGCUCAACAAUCUCAUAUCCCUCAUACAACCUCGCCUAUUUCAACUGAAUGACACUGGCUUAUUUUGCUACCCAAAUUUUUGAAGAUUGAAAUUACAAGAGAAGAUGCAAGUUUAGAAGAUGCACAAGCUUAUUAUUAUUUUGCUAAGAGCGUUAUGUAAAGCUUGACAUCAUAUUCUAGCUCAGGAUGUUAAUUUGUUAAGUUUUUUUGUUUAAAAAAUAUUGAAACUAUUGACAAUAUUCUAGCUCGGGAUGUUAAUUGGUUAAGUUUUUAUUGUUUAGCAAAUAUUGAAAUUAUAUUUAUUAUGCUUUGUCAUUUUCAGUAAUAAUUUUAUAUUU